AUGAGCGUAGACGAAGCUGACUUGGCGGCAGGUUUGGUAGCUGCAGCAGGCCACGUGGCAGGUGGGGAUGCUGACGUGGUGCAUGAGGUGUUUGACGCUCUGCCCUUUCACUUCAUUCGAUCGCUGCUGGAAGAAUCAGUGAUGGGGGAGGGGCUCGAGGCAGCAGCACUGGCACCAGCAGCAGCAGCCGUGUCUGUACUCGUGGUGGUUACUCAGCAACCGGAACUGGCUUGCCUGCCUCCUGUGCUACGCCUGCUGGACCCUCUCAGCCAGAUGAUUCUUCACGGGCGGACAGCCUCUCUCGUCCAAGACGCCUGUUUGUGUGUGCUAGCUGUGGCGCGGGGAUCAGAGGUGGGCAUGCGGGCAUGCAGGGAGCAAGGCGUGCUUGGAGUGGUCGCUAGCUCCCUUUCUGCCAUCACAGACCCUUCCUGCUCAUCUCUUGCAACGGAACUGCUAAGCCUUCUGCUCACCACUGCGUCUCCUCUCGAUGUUUCCCAGCACAGUGACUCGCUUGCUGCUGUGGUGCCAGCCCUAGCAAGGCAGCUAGCAGCAAGCGAAGACAGCAGCAGCAAGCACAAGAUAGUCACCCUGCUGCUCACCCUGCUCUCACCAACAACUCAACAGCAACACAACUCUGGCCCGGGCCACCUGCGCCCUGCAUUGUCUUGCGCUACUCAAAGCACCGUUGAGCCGGAACAGUUGGAGUGUCUGGUUCAGCAGGGCGUGAAGAGCCUUGAGCCUAUAAUUGCAGGUCGAGUGUGGGCGGCAGACCUGCGGGCAGGCAUUCAGAGUAUCCUCUUGUCUUCCACUGCAUCUCCUGAGAGUCAACCAGACGCUUUUCACCUGGCCCAUGUGGUUACCAGCAUUCUUGGGAAUUCCUGGCUCGCCGGGCCUCCUGAAAAUACACCUGAAGAUACCCCUGACUCGUCUGCUCCAGAAAGUUUACUGGACUAUGGCUUUGUUCUGGCUCUCAUGCAAACAGCCAAGCAGGAGAUUCCUUGUCUUCUCAACACCCUAGCUCGUCUUACAAUUGAAGCUGAACCUGUCACUGACCCCGACACUGACCCCGACACUGACCCCGGAACUGACCCCAAGACUGACCCCAGUUCUGACCCCAUUACUGAAACCAUCACUGACCCGCAUCAACCAGAACAUGGCUUAGAGCAGAACAGCAUGCGAGAAAGGAAUGGGGAAGACUGUAACGGAGAAGCAGCAGAGAUUGCGGAGAGUAACACUGAGAGUGGUUACCACAUGCUCAAUGGUAACCACACUCUCAGUGCUGGUAACCACACGUCUGCAAUGGCUGUUGAGCCACUCCUUUCCGUGGGGUACAUGCUGCCUGCGCUGGUGCACAUUACCAGUGAGCCACGUGGCUGCACGUCAUUGGUCAAGAGAGGAGGCCACAUCCACCUCAUAGACUACGUGGUGGAGACAGCGCGCACCAACAUGCAUCACCAGCUGCGGUCGGGACCGGAGGGACAGGCCAGCCUCAUGCAGGCUGCUGACGUCAUCCUCAACAUUUUCGCAUGCCGGAAGAAAAUGCGAGUGCCCUUGGAUCCACACGACUUUGUGCCGCUGCUGCCCGCCAUGGCUGGAUGGAGCAGCGUGAAAGGCAAUGACCCCCGCACCACCUACAAGACAUUGGCGCUAGCAGCGUGCGUCAACGCGUCCAUUCUCGAGCUGUCGUGUGAAGACGUGGUGAAGAAGCGGUUGGACCUCGCAACGUACAAGAAGCUGCCCAACUCGUUCGGCGUCAUUGUCAAGUUUCUCGAGAAUAGCACAUCAUUCAGUAGCGAGACGGGAAUCAAGGAGCUUUGGGAUAUCACUGUGGCUUCAUGUACAGAGUGCCUGCCGCUGUGGCCGCAGCUGAAGCGAGCCAUGGUCAAAUCGGAGUAUUGGGGGAAGGUUUCGCGAAACAAGCUGGUAACCCGGGAGCGCCUCAACCAGGUGUGCAAGGAUGCGAGGCUGAGGGAGCUGCUGGCAGUUGUGGCCUUCAGCAUCCCCCAGGGUUUUCGGGAUUGGAACGGGGAACUGCAUUGCUCACAGGAGCAGCCUCAACCCCUCUUCUGUUCAGCAGGCAUCGGAACACAUGAAGAUGAUGAUGAUGAUGAUGAUGAUGAUGAUGAUGAUGAUGAUGAUGAUGAUGAUGAUGAUGAUGAUGAUGAUGAUGAUGAUGAUGAUGAUGAUGAUGAUGAUGAUGAUGAUGAUGAUGAUGAUGAUGAUGAUGAUGAUGAUGAUGAUGAUGAUGAUGAUGAUGAUGAUGAUGAUGAUGAUGAUGAUGAUGAUGAUGAUGAUGAUGAUGAUGAUGAUGAUGAUGAUGAUGAUGAUGAUAAUAUUAUUAUUAUUAUUAUUAUUAUUAUUAUUAUUAUUUCUACUAUUACUAUUAUUAUUACUAUUAUUAUUAUUAUUAUUGAUUCCUCCCUGGAUGCAGACGGGGAAGGAGGAAAGAAAUGA